CAUCUUCCUGUGAUCGAGGUUGGCCUUACACUGUUCCUAAUCAUCCACCACAAAAGCGGUCAGAUAUGAGUCUCGCAUUCGUUAACGCGCUUGAGUGCAAAGAACCGCACAGUGACGAGAUCUGGGCUGUAGCAUGGACAGCCAAUAAUACGGCCGUGUCCGCAUCCGCAGACGGCACGGUGAAGCAGUGGGAUUCCACCUCUGGACAAGUGUCGAUGUCGCGUCCGCCACACAAUCUUGCCAUAGUUUCUCUAUCUGUCUCACCUGACGGAAAGUUCGCGUUGUACAAUGGUCUCGAUGGUACAACAUGGCUUUGGGAUCUCCAGGCUGAUACCGUGGUCGGGCGUCAUGAAAGCUACGACCGUUCUACAGUGCAAGGCGCUGAGCCCUCCUGGUCAGUGUCACUCAAUCCGAAUGGAACGACAUAUGCGGGCACCAGCAGCUCUGGAAAUGUGAAUAUCUACUCUGCGAACCCUGACUCUUUUGGAACACGACAAGCAGUCUUGACGAGUGGUAGGAGUAGACACGGUAUGGAUUGUGUGCAUAGUCCAGAUGGUACUCGAGUGGCAUUAUCAAACGAAGCUGGCCAAGUCUUCAUAUUUGACUUGGAAUCACAAGCUUUAACAUCAACCUAUUCUUCGCAUGCCAUGUGUGUGCGAUCGUUGGCAUGGUCAUCCGACGGUCAGUUGUUACUGACAGCCUCCGAUGACAAACGCCUUAUUCUUCACGAUGUACGGUCGACUCCAUCCGGGAAACCGGGUUCUGGAGCAGUAGCCACACUCACGGGCCACUCCUCUUGGGUGCUCAGCACCAGCAUAUCGCCGGAUGGACGUCUAGCUGCAUCAGGGUCCGCUGAUAAAACGAUCAAGGUCUGGGACUUAUCGGCACGCGCGGCAGUCUCAACGCUCCAAGAAAGUGGCGAAGUAUGGAGCGUUGCCUGGUCCCCAAAACCACCCGCUCCUGGCACCGCGGGUGCAUUCAUUACCGGUGGGCAGGAUGGACAUGUGCGAUGGUGGAGAUCCGCUGGUACCGGUGUAUAGUGUGGGUAGGAUAGCGUGUCAUUUUUGGUCCCCUUGUACUGCUGAAGUUCAUCAUUCUUCUCAAUCGUUGUAGAUCCCAGACUUGACGAAUGAAUAAAUAAAAAGCUUGCCCUUGUAUGGACCAUCAUCCAUAAAUUAAUAUUUGGAUCACAGACUGCGAUAAUUAUAUUCCGG